AUGGACUUUGGAGAACUGAUGAAAGACUGGAUAGAAGAUUGGUCAGAUGAUGAAAAUUCAGAUCGUGAAGAUCGGUCAGAGAAUGGGAACGAAUGGGACGAUCUUAAUAUCGAUGAGCUUGAUGAUGAUCAGGAAAACAACUCGGAGCUCUCGAAUGAAGAUUACAUUAGUCAGUUCAUUUCUGAAUGUCAUAAUGCGUACGACUAUUACGGUGAAUCCGACGCGGAGACAAGCCUUAACGACGAAUCAUUAGAUGCACCUGAUUCUAGGGAGUCCCAGUCGUCGGUCAUCAUGAGUGAGGUGACACAAGAUGAUGGGACAAAGAAUGUCCAAGAUACUGCCAGUGCAGAUGAUAAGAGGGAUAUGUUCAUGCAGAUAAUGGAAAUGACCUUUACGUCUCACGAUGCCGCGUAUGAUUUCUACAACAGCUAUGCUAGAGAUAAUGGUUUCAGCAUUAGAAAGAAUAAGGUCAGACAAGGGAAACGUGACAGCAAGUUGCUAACCGAGGAAGGACACAGCUGUAGGCUCAGAGCCGAGACACGCUGCUUUUGCGAAGCGCACCUGACCGUCAAGCUUGACCAAAAGCGUGGGGUUUGGUAUGUUGAAAGUUUUGAGGACAAGCAUAGCCAUAUGUUGGCAGGACCGGACGAGGUACCUUUUCUUUGGUCCCACAGAAAAAUUAAAGAGUACCAGAAGCAUGAGAUAAUGUCCAUGGGAGCUGCAUGGAUUAGAAUUCACGACAUGAUGGAUUGCUUCAUCAGCAAACAUGUAUGGUACGGCGGUGUUGGUUUUACCAGAAAAGUGGAGAAGGAAGAAGAGUAG